AAAGCUUUCAACGAGAUUUCUGGAAAAAGUUAUAGAAGGUUGAAUUUCGUGUUUUAACAUGGGAAGAGAUGGUAAAUGAAUUAGUGGAGUGAGUCCAUAUAGGCUAUAAUAAAUAAACGAGUCUGAAACUCUUCUGUUAAAAAAGGUCAAUAAACACACGGUCACACAAACCGGUUUAUUUUAUCACAUGACCUGAAUGUCACGUGAGAAUGAUAGUCAAGUUUUGUCAAGAGAAAGUCGUUCAAAUAAAUUGAUUAAUCAACUAACGCAUGAUUUAAUCACAUGCUUAAGAUAGAGACUUAAAUGUAUAAAGAUUAGGUGAAUUGUUUUUGAUUGAGACUGUUGAAGAAAGGAGGCACAGUUGAAGGAGGAUAUACCGUUUCGACAAAGGAAGAAAAAAGUAAAAACUUCCGUUCCAAUAAGUUCCAAGGCAAGGUAAAACAGAAACUGAAAGUGAUAUGAUGAUGAAGUUUAUGUUUGGUGUCACAGUUUUGUCCAUUUUUGGACUAUUUAUCUUUGUUAAUGCAGCAGUUCCAGCAGAUAUGAUCUCAAGCAUGCCAGGAUUGAAGGUUCAACCUAAUUUCAAACAAUAUUCAGGAUAUCUUAAGGCCUCAGGUACUAAGAAAUUACAUUAUUGGUUUGUGGAAUCUCAGAGAAACCCUAAAGAAGAUCCCUUAGUUUUAUGGAUGAAUGGUGGACCUGGAUGCAGUUCAGUGUUAGGUUUGUUAACAGAGCAUGGCCCAUUUAGAAUUAUGGAUGAUGGUAAAACAGUAUAUUAUAACAAUGCUAGUUGGAAUUUACUAGCUAAUAUGAUAUACCUAGAAGCACCAGCCGGUGUUGGUUUCUCCUACUCGGAUGAUAAAAACUACACUACAUCAGAUGAUAUGGUAGCUCACAAUAAUUACCUAGCUCUGAAAGAUUUUUUCUCCAAAUAUCCUGAAUAUUCUUCCAAUGCAUUCUAUGUAACAGGGGAGAGUUAUGGUGGUGUGUAUGUUCCAACUCUCAGUGCUCUUGUGGUGGAUGAUAAAGAUAUUAAUUUUCAGGGUAUGGUUAUUGGUAAUGGUAUAACUAGCUAUGAUUUAAAUGAUAAUUCUUUGAUAUACUUUGCCUACUAUCAUGGUUUGUUUGGUGAGAAAUUAUGGGAUGGCUUGGUAAAGUAUUGCUGUAAUGGUAAUUUCAGUGGGCAGUGUAUGUUUACUAAAGGCACCUCAACAGAAUGUAAAGAGUAUGUGACUCAGGCUAGUCAGUUGGUAUAUGCCAGUGGUCUCAAUAUCUAUAAUUUGUAUGGAGAAUGUGCAGGUGGAGUACAGAAAUCCAGUCUUAAAUUUGAUGCAGUAAAAGAGAAGAUUGUGUCCCAUAAUUUUGAAGAGUUUCAACUGACUAAACAGUUAGUUAAAUCUAAUAGACUUCUAUUAGAUCCACCUUGUAUUAAUGCCACCAAUGUUGCUACUUAUUUAAAUACAGUCCAAGUACGAACAACUCUUCAUAUUCCAUCAGUUGUACAGAAAUGGACAUCAUGUAGUGGAGAAGUUGGUGCUAAUUAUAUCCGAGAUUAUAUGGAAAUGUCAGCACAGUACAAGAAAAUUCUAGCAGCCAAGAAAAGAGUAAUGGUGUACAAUGGUGAUGUUGAUAUGGCAUGUAAUUUCCUUGGAGAUGAAUGGUUUGUAGAAAAUCUAGAAAUUGAUGUGGUAGCUGAGAGAUUAGAAUGGUUUUAUGAGGCUGAGGAUGGUUCUAAGCAAGUUGCAGGAUUUGUGAAACAGUUUAAAGAUUUAGAUCUUGUGACGGUUCGUGGUGCUGGUCAUAUGGUACCCACUGAUAAACCUUUACCUGCUUUUCAAAUGUUUAAAAAUUUUCUUUCCAUUAAGUUCAAAAAAUAAAUGUGUUUUGUGAUAAAUUGUUGGCCUACUCAGUUUAGAAAUUAUCCAUAGUCCCAGUGCAGAUAGGACUCUAUUCCAUAAGAGAUGUUCAGUAUUUUGUACAUUUCAUAUUUAAGGAUAUGCACAUUUAUUUUGUAAAUAAUAGUACAUGGUAGGACAUAUAACAAUCACCAGAAAGUGAGUCAAUGCGAAAAAUUUGUUCCACACAGAUGCCAGUAUAUUAUAUCACUUCAUUUUUGUAAAUAAAUAAUGGGACUUAAAACUCCAUUCUUUUCAUUAAAUAAUGUAUUUAAUUGAAUUUCCUGUGUUAUUGUCUAUUUGUUAUGUAAUAUAAUAUUAUAUAAUUAUUAAUAAAAUGUCCAAGAAUUU